UUCCCUUUAUCCUGCUCUCUGGAUACCUGGCCUGCCGAAGAAUGAUCGUAUAACCUGGGAAAAGUGACCUUCCCUGAGGGACAUUUGGCAGUUUUUUUCGUGCAGGGGCAGAUUAUACUUGCCAAUGCAAUCUCAAGGUCAGGGGUAAUGCUAUUGGUAUCUAAUCUCAAAUUUACCAACUCGGAUAUCCCUCCCUUUUGCUGAUAUGGUUUCUGACUCUUCAAAUUGAUGAAUCAUAAAGGGACACUCAUGGAAAAUCUUUUUAUAGAAAUGGGAAUAUUGUUUCUGGUCCCUGCUUUUCUAUUUUGGGGGCCUGGAGAAAGGAAAGAUUUAAGGUGCUGUCACACUUCUAAAGCACACGGAGGCCAACAGGAUAACAACUCUGACUUGAAACUUGUACUCGGAUCCAAAACUGAGACAGCUUUAUUUGACACUGUCAGCAGUCACUGGGACUUUUAAAGAAGUGGAGCACAUUAAAACACAAAACUGCCCCAACUAAUAAAAGAAAAGUAUCAUUGAAAAUUACGACUAUGUAAAGGGUUGUCGAAACGCCAGGUGUCAAGAUGACCGAGCGCUUUGACUGCCACCAUUGUAAUGAAUCUCUCUUUGGCAAGAAGUAUAUUUUGAGGGAGGAGAACCCCUUCUGCGUGGAGUGCUUCGAGACCCUCUACGCCAACAACUGUGAGGAGUGUAAGAAGCCCAUCGGCUGUGAUUGCAAGGACUUGUCUUACAAGGACCGGCACUGGCAUGAGAGCUGUUUCCACUGCUCGCAGUGCAAGAACUCGCUGGUGGACAAGCCCUUUGCUGCCAAGGAGGACCAGCUGCUCUGUACAGAAUGCUACUCCAGCGAGUACUCAUCCAAGUGCCAUGAAUGCAAGAAGACCAUCAUGCCAGGUACCCGCAAGAUGGAGUACAAGGGGAGCAGCUGGCAUGAGACCUGCUUCAUCUGCCAUCGCUGCCAGCAGCCAAUUGGAACCAAGAGUUUCAUCCCCAAAGACAAUCAGAACUUCUGUGUUCCCUGCUAUGAGAAACAAUAUGCCAUGCAGUGUGUGCAGUGCAAAAAGCCCAUCACCACCGGGGGAGUCACUUAUCGGGAGCAGCCUUGGCACAAGGAAUGCUUUGUGUGCACCGCCUGCAAGAAGCAGUUGUCUGGGCAGCGUUUCACGUCUCGAGAGGAGUUCGCCUACUGCCUGAAUUGCUUCUGUGAUUUAUACGCCAAGAAGUGUGCUGGCUGUACCAACCCCAUCAGCGGCAUUGGAGGCACGAAGUACAUCUCCUUUGAAGAGCGGCAGUGGCAUAACGAUUGCUUCAACUGUAAGAAGUGUUCCCUUUCGUUGGUGGGUCGAGGCUUCCUCACAGAAAGGGAUGACAUCCUUUGCCCUGACUGUGGAAAAGAUAUCUGAAGGCAAGACAGAGAAGCUCCUGCGCGCAGUAUAUACAGAUUUAUAUAUUUUCUUUCUCAGCCAGGCGCUAUUGUGUUCUGGUUUUCAUCAGCCACGUCAAGACUUUCCUCUUGUGCUUCUCAGUGACGUUCACGUUUGUUUAAGCCCUUUAAUCCCUUGUACUGCUUCAGUCCCGGGGAAGGAGAAAACUUAUGUAAACCCUGGGGGCGGAAGGUGGUUUUGAAUUUUUGUAACGGAGUCAGGCAAAUCCAAAAGGAAAACUUUGAAUGAUGUCAUUAUAAAUCUAUCUUUCUGUCACUGCAUAUUUAAUUUUUAAGUGCAAUGAACAUAUGUCACAAACUUGAAAAUUUUCCGAACUGAAUAAGGUCAUGAAGAGUUAGUUAUUUACAGCUGUGUAACUUCCUGUCAUAGAAAGCCUAAAGCGACAUUACGUGAUUUACAAUAAAGUUAUUCAGUACA